GCAUAGUGGAGCCUGGGCAACGCAGGAAGAUGCUGUUCGAAGAUUUUAGUUUUACCAAGGUUUCUUAAACAUAGUAUCAAAGCUUCCGCCCAGAGUUCCUGUCAUUGUUUUCUUUAAUUAGAGCUGUAAAAAAACAACUUUUUAAAAACUUGUUUUGAAACAUCAGGAAGCGUGAUUUUUGUUAAAGCAACACCUCAAUGAGUUUUAAGCAAGAAACCGAAGAUUCGACAUUUCUGAACAAUUAAAAAUGGAAUUAUUAAAACCUGGAAAAAAGAAGGAUGUACCUGUGAUCAGCCAGAGGGCAACACAUAUGGAGGUUAGUGCAAAAAGCUCUGAACUUCAUAAAGCGAUUCAACUUCUCGAAGAUCCUUUGACUACCGACUUGAAGGAAAGGCACAUUUUCAUCCUGAAGAAACUGCUGAACAGAAACAGCAACGGCUUUCUUCUGAGAGAGCUGACUGGAAUAGCCAGAGUCCUUGAGCUCUGCGCUGAGAAAGUGAAGGAGCACCCUGAAUAUUUAUUCAUUCUGUGUGAAGUUCUAAAAAUCUGUCGGCUUCCUUUCCUGAAAGAGAGAGCAUCGGAUGAGCUGAAUUACGCUCAGGGUGUCACAGACUUCCUCUCACACUUGGGCUGCCUAAUGAGGAUCUGUGAUGCUGAAGUGAGACAGAAUGUCAUUGAAUCGGUGAAGUCUUUCUACAGCUGUUUGGCUCCCACUCAUCUGCUGGACAGCAUGGACAAUCCGACCAAGUCAAAGUCGCAGACUCGCCUCCCAAAAAGCCGCUUUUCCAAUUUUUCCCUCAGAUUCCAGCCAACUUCUCCAGGCUACAGGCUGCAGCUGCUGGAGCUCAGCGACCUUCCCAGAACAUUGCUCCUCUCCAUGGCCGCUCUGGAGAACCAUCCAGCCAUCAGGCCCCAGCUCCUGCAGACACUUCAGAUCCUCUCCAGCUCAUCUGAUGCCAACUGUGCUUCCAUGCUCCAUGCACGAGGAGCAGAGACGAUCUGUUUGCACAUGAAUGAACCUGAUCCGUCCGGUCAGGUUCUUCUGCUCUCCUCAGAAAUACUCUGUAACCUGCUGGAGAGAGGAAACAAAGAGGAAGUCAGUGCUCAGCUCAGCAGCUUGGAUUGUGUCCUAUCUCUGAAAGAGGCUUUCUCUCACGUGCUGCAGAACGCUUCACAACAGUCUGACCUCCAACUCAGAAAUGAUCUGCUCAUGAUCAUAACUGUCGUUGCUGAAAACCCAAACUCCGCGCUCACGGAGAGUUUAUUUGCUCAGCAGCUUGUGCAUCUCAUCACACUUACAGAGGAGAAAAGUCCCAGCUAUUUGGCCCACAAUUUGGGCCUCACCUACAAAAACGAAGACUUCAAAAUGAAGAAGAUGCUCUUGAACCUCCUGAUUCCCUUGUCCAAAGACCUCGCUGCCCUGCAGCUUUAUGAAGAAGAACGAAUUAUUCUGACCCUGCUGAUGCUUGUAAAGUCACCUGGUGUUAUGUCGGAGCACCAGCCUGGUGCACGUCACUGGUCCAGCAUCCAGCAGGAAGAACUCCAGCUGCAAGCCCUGGUCACCCUCAGCAGCAUCGCUCCACUCAUGCUGAGCGACUUCAUGUCAUAUCACGGGAACAACUAUCUUCUGCUCCUGCUGGACUGGUGUGUCGAAUCAGGUGCUUCCUAUUUCCAUGGUUUUCAUGAUAGAUAUGGCCGAAGAAACAAGAAAACUCAGAUGCUCCAUUGCAUCCGAGUUCUCCGAUCUGUGACAUCUCAGGGAGUGGAGUUUGUGAACCAGGACCUUUGUGAUCAAGGAGCCAUCCACCAGCUGCUGGAGAUUAUUUUGCAAGUGGAAGCAAGCUCUGAUGAGGACGACGAAGUCGCAGUGGAGAUUAUGUCAGAAAUUCAGGUUUUGCUGUCGACACUGUGUGAAACUGACUUUCAUAGAAAGGACCUGUUUGGGUUUGAAGGAGCUGAGAUGGCAAUUCAGUUCCUCAGGAAAGGCUCCGGCAAGUUCUACAGCGGCUUGGGCCACAACAAGCUGAUCCUCUCCACAGUCGACUGCGCGUGGUCAUGCAUUGUUGGCUGUUACCGCACAGAAGAUCACUUUCUGGAAAAAGAAGGAGCUUUUCUUCUGCUUGAUUUACUCAGUACGAGCCCCAGGUGUGUGCACGGCGUCGUGCUUUCCACCCUGCUGGAUCUGUGUGAUAAUCCAAAUACUCUGCCGUACCUCCUGAGCUGGAGGGACGUUACGGGUCAGACAGCUCCGCGGCUCCUGCUGCAGCUGUGGAGGGAGGAGGAAGAGGAGCUGGGUGUCGGCAGAAACCAUCAUGGAGGGAUUUUAGAUCCUCAAAGGCCUCUCCUGAACCGCUUCCAGCAGGACGAGAGCGCCCUGACCUUUCCCUCCAAUGCAGCCAGUUUAGCAGUGAUGGAAAUCUCAGAGAACCUUCGGGCAAAAAUGUAUUUCAUCUUCUCCUAUCUGGGUUUUCAGGAGCUCCCUGGUUUGUCGACAGAGGACUACGUGACUCUGAGUAUUGUCAAGCAAUAUCUCGACUUCAAGGUUGGUGAGGUUUGGGAGGAAAUCAGCAGAGAAGUGAGACGGGAAAAUGUUUGGCUGUUCAGCGAUGAUGAGGAGGCCCUGAUUAACAUCUGUAAGACCUCAGAGGACACAGCCAGGAGGGUGAUGGCGGAACAAAACCAGAUACUGGAACAGCGGCAGAGGGAAGACAUCAGAAAGGAGACACUCUUUUACACAGAGAUGAAGUCUCACCGGAAGCAAGAAGCACUCAUGGCAAAGUCUUGGGACAGCUACGUUUCCAGGACCUCAAAUUACAAAGUCUUGAAGGAAGUGAAAGCUCAAAGGGAGAGUUACAGUGAAUCAACCAGACCCAAAGUAAAGGAUGAGGAGGAUGUCAAUCAUCUUACAAAGCAUUUCAUUGGGCACAUCUUGGCUGUGGAGAGCACUGGAGCUAAGGGGCCUGCAGGAGUUCGGGUGAAGCUGGGCAGAACGGCAAUCAAGGCAAAAACUGCAACAUGAAGAGCUGCCGGCUCCAUACCUGCACUGUGCAUUCAGAACGGACCAAAGUGCAUCAGUGUGCUUCCAAAUAAAAUGUUGCAGUUUGUUGCGUUCAGGUGAAUUCCUGUGUAAACAAUCAA